UGUGGAGCCUCUCAACUCGCUUGCCAUGGGCCCUCACACUCUCCCAUGCUCGCUGCUGCUUCUGCUGUCAUUCCUUUACAGCGUUAAUGGCCUUGGAGAGGUUAUAUAUGCCGUUAAUGCAGAUACCAUGGAGUCCUUGUGGUGUUUGAAGGAACUCUAAGAGGAACUAAUGCUGGUCCAACACUACCGUUAGUUGUGACCUCAUGACUGUUGGUGGAGAGGCACACAUAGAUGUUUAUGGUGUGAGGUAUGAGAAGGAUCCACUGACUGGGAAAGUCGGGACAGCAUCUGACUUUGGCAAGCAAUUAGUCAUUGGCAGAGUGCCUCCCGGAGACCAGGUUUUGUAUCAGACUGAAAGGUAUCACCAUUCAACCUUUGGAUAUGAGAUUCCUCUGAAGGGUGAUGGAGAAUACGUCCUGGUUCUUAAAUUCUCUGAGGUAUACUUUAAUGCGCCUGACCAAAAGGUAUUUGAUGUGGUGAUGAAUGGUGAACUCACAGUGGUCCCUGCACUGGACAUUUUCCUGCGGGUAGGACGAGGCGUGGCACAUGACGAAUAUGUGCCAUUCACAGUUGCAGGGAACACGUUGGUGGUAGGAGGCCAGGAGAGUCCUCUUAGGGGUAACAAGGUCAAGGUGGAAUUUGUCAAGGGUUAUAAAGACAAUCCAAAAGUGAAUGCCAUUUUUGUGAUAAAAGGAAGACUAGAUGAUGUGCCAAAGUUGCCUCCAUUACCACGUGAAGAAGAACUAGACAAUGAAGUGGAGGAACCCCGUCAGAGUGCCACCCUCCAAAACACAAACACAAACCAGAAUAGCAAACAGCAGCAGUCAGCCAAGCGAAGGCCCAGCGGCCCUCGCACCCCAGACCCGUAUGCAGCUGAUGACACGAGCUCCAUGCUGCCUGUGUUUGUGGCCAUUGGUGCUGCUAUACCCAUCCUCUUCUGCCUAUGUAAACUGUGAUGUUCCCACCUAUUGAUGCGUUUUAGCUCUUGGGUGUUGCAUUGCUUCUCAGAGACCUCGUUUUGUACCCCAGCGACCUGCUCUCCUAGAGGUGUUUUGGGAACAUGUGUGCAGAUGUUCAAGUAGUAAUGUAUAUAUUUGUUGCAUUAUAUAUAUAUAUAUAUAUAUAUAUAUAUAUAUAUAUAUAUAUAUAUAUAUAUAUAUAUAUAUAUAUAUAUAUAUAUAUAUAUAUACACAGAAUGGCCCCGGGAGGAAAGUCAUGCAUUCUCAGGAAUAAAAGCUCAAGAUCUUCUGGAUAAGAAAUAUUCUAUAAUAAAAUGCUUUUAAUGGUAUGGAUUAGAAAUUACAGAACAUUUGAAUAUUAACACAUCACUGGCAAGUGGCUGCACAGUGGCCACCCAACAAAGUCCAGCUGGUUGCUAUUGCCAUUUGGAAUUUUAUGUUUUAACUAGUAUUUGUUCUGAUACACUGCAUCCUUGAAUUCAAUCAUACCUUUAUUUAUGAAAACCAUGAUGUGUAAUGAAGUACACACAGGGAGGUCCCAUUAUAUGACCAUCUGAUAUAUGAGAUACCAAUGAUAAGAGAUGUGGAAAAUAGGAAAUGUAUUUUCUUUAUACAAGCACAAGAUUCCAAUAAUACGAACUUCAAUCCAACAGGAGUAAAAUUACAAAGUUAAAAAGGGGCACCAUCCUGCACUCUCCGGCUAACAUAUCUGGGCAGAAUGGUGAUUAAGAUGUGCAAAGAUAAGUUUAUGAGCAUUGAAAGAGAACCACACUCCUCUCCUGUCCCCAACCUACCCAGCAUUAUCUUGCUUUUAUCUAUUCAUUGGUAAGUGUUAUACUCUGUUAUUACAUAUUUGAUCAAUAUGAAAUCAUGUUCUUUGUUUGCUACUUUCUCUUUCAGAUUGUUUUAUAGACAGCUCUAUAAUAACAGACAGGUUUGCUGAGUUGUUUAUCAUAAUUUAGCUUUGGUAUUGUAUGUUUUGGCUAAAAACAUAACAUUGACAAGGGUCACAGAACCUAACUCAUUUUUUGCCAUUAGCUGAUUUUCUUUACAUGAGAAUUCACUAUAUGAGCAAUUUGAUUGGAACUUAACUGCUCAUAUCAUUGGGACCUCCCUAUAAUAUUAUCAUGAAAAUGACCACAGUUGUGCCCUCUCCUUCCUCCCCCUCACCACUUCUUAGCACAUUCAUAACUCAGUAUAUGUUAUAUAACUUCAACUUAGUAUAUGUUAUAUAACUUCUAAGUCAGUGGUUCCCAGACUUUUCCUGAGUGAGCACCACUUGGAGGUUCUGUACAGUCUUUGCAUACCACCUGAUUCCAGAAAACUCAAUUGCAGCAAAUAUUGUUAUUCACAAGUAGAACAAACAAAUGAUCUUAUAAAAAGGAACACAACUCAAUUUAAUGCGAUGGAUACAUCUGUUUCUUCUCCACCAGUUGAUUGAUGCCUGAUUAUUGUAUUUAAGGCAGUAAUAAUUUUUCUGAGAAAUGAAUUAAUUUAAUUUAACAAAAAAUUGCAUAUGAUACUGAAAGUGCUGGAAGGCCUUUGUGGUACGUGUACCACUGGUUGGGAACCACUGUUCUAAACCAUUUUCAUCAAAAGCAUCUGACCAUAGAAUAUCUUCAACUUCGAAUUACUUAAUCUUUCAUAUCUAAGAAUAUGUGACUUUCCAGGACACUGUACAGUGUGUGUGUGUGUGUGUGUGUGUGUGUGUGUGUGUGUGUGUGUGUGUGUGUGUGUGUGUGUGUAUAUAUAUAUAUAUAUAUAUAUAUAUAUAUAUAUAUAUAUAUAUAUAUAUAUAUAUAUAUAUAUAUAUAUAUAUAUGCAAGAUAUAUGCAUGUGCAAGAAGUUUUACCAGCCAAUUGGAAAACAGUAUUAGUAACCAUUGAGUAUUAAUGUAUGUCCUCCAGGUUGAGAGGUAUUUUUUCAUACAGCUCCUCAUUGGUGUAUUAUGAGUUUAUGAAAUUAUUUGAUAUCUUAUGAUGAUAGAGAUGCAAAGUAAUGUGACAGAAAUAUUGGGUUAAAAUUAUUACAAGUCAGCAGUACACGGGGACACCUUGCCAUAUUUACUAGUCUUUCCGGUGCUCACAGACAUCACUGGUACUUGGAGACCUUCUUUGCCUCCCACUCAUUAUUGUUUAAGUGAUACCUAACCAAAGAUUGCUGCCUGAGUAUGGGGCUUCAGAGUCUUCUGGGAACCACAUCGUGUGCCUGGUGCAUUUCUCAAGUUGUGUUCAGCUGUUUAUGGCAGAUAUUAAUUUCCUUCACCGCUGCAUUUAAUAUUUUCUUUCUUUUGUAUUCUAAGGGAAUUACUGUAUAUUGACAGGAUGCACAAGGUUGUAGCACAAUGGUGGUGGUGGUGGUAGUGGACAUUGCAGGGCACACAGUUAUAUGAUAUUUGCCUGUACAGUAUUUUUGUACAACUUGCUCAUUCCUUUCAUCCAGGUUUUCCAACCAGUAAUAAGAAAAUUCUCUGAACAUUGUUGUUAUAUUGCGUCCAUACUUUAAGGGUGGCAAGGAAAUCUUAGAUAUGAUGAGAAUCCAUUUAGGUGAUUCUAAUUUUUUUUUCUUUAUGCUUAGUUUGCUUUGCUUAGCUUGAAUAAAUUAUUGAUAUUUGCAUACAACAAAGCUUGGUUAGGGUGUUGAUUUAGUUUUAGCAUGGACAAAAGUGUUUACCAGAGGGAAUGGGUAAUUAUCAGUGAUACUUUGUUGUUGUUGUUAUUAUUAUUAUUAUUAUUAUUAUUAUUAUUAUUAUUAUUAUUAUUAUUAUUAUUAUUAUUAUUAUUAUUAUUACCAUCAUCAUUAUCAUUAUUACUAUUUCUUCAACUGUUAUUUUUAUACUAUUACUAAUACCAUCAAAUUUUAAUGAUAGACUUUUAUUGUUGAUAUUAAUAGUAGUACAUAGUACUAGAAGUUCUACUACUACUACUACUACUACUACUACUACUACUACUACUACUACUACUACUACUACUACUACUACUACUACUACUACUACUACUACUACUACUACUACUACUACUACUACUACUACGUUAAAAUUAAAGUUGAUUAUUACUAUUACUAUUGUUAUAUUGACAUCUCAAAACAAUGGUUGCAUGUCUUUAGGCAUUGGGAUUUACAAUAGUAUGAUUAUAUUUUGUUGUCUUGAAGCACACAGCUGGAUCCAGAGUUACUCUUGUAAGCUUAUCAGUGAUUAGACUGUGGCUUGAGGCAGCAUGUCACUUAGUAAAGUAUCUAGUUCUUUAUACUGCAAGUUUCACUUUUAUUUGCUGUUGUUCACUUGUGUGAUGUUACACUUGCUUCAUCUUUAUCUUUAGAGACUAGAAUUUCAGUGAGGUAUAAUCAUGUUGAAAAUAAAUCAAAAUGAUUGAAGUUAAUUUUGCAGGUUCAUGAUACCACUUUAUUCCAUACUGAUGCUUUCAUUGAACUAACAAGCUAUUCUUCAAACAAGUAAUAACAUAGAGUUGUGAAUUUGAUGGCUUAAGAAAGAGAGAGAGCAGAUUUUUACAUCAAGUUGUAGGCAUUGGGUAACAGUGACUGUGUGUGUCCUUACAUUGUGGAGUCACUGUUGCCCACUACAAGUUGGUGUAAAACACUGCUAACCUCAUUUUUAUUCUAUCCUGUCAAAAGUUUGAGAAUGCCAUCAUGUUCAGGAGAACAGUGUCACAUUGGCACUAUUUAUUCUUAUGAUAGUUUUUUAAUUUGAGAGAAAAAAAAUUUGCAUGGAUUGAAAAUUGUACAGAAUUUCGUCACCACAUUUUUCAUUUCAAAUUGUAUGAUCUUAUAUACUUUUUUUUUUCACUUGUAAUCUAAUAUAAUUUCACUGUCCAAAAAUUAAGAAAUCAAGUAAGAGUUACACAAUGGAAGUGAACUGCAGUAAAUAGAGAUAAAGCUUGUACAGCCAGUACAAAAUAAUCAGUUAUGGGAUGAGUGUCAUACUGCACUAAUUGGUAACCUUUCUGUUUGAAAUUACAAGUCAGAAAAUGAUUACAGUGCAACUUAGGUUGGCCUUUCACUUAUCUCUACCAGGUCAGGAGGAGUGAGCAUCUCCCUGACUACUCCAUGUCUGGGAUUAUGAAAGCAGUUGUGUUUGUUCCAGACUAGGUACUCUAUUAUUGCAUAAUGUCUAGGAAAUAUACAAGCCAGGAUGGAAUGGUUUGAGUUGUAUUUUGAAAUAGAGAAAAGACCAGUGUAACUGUUGCCACCAAAAGUGUGAAAUGUGAUGAGGAUGUUGAUAAUAAGUGGUACAACAAGCAAUGUGAUGCUGUGCUUCAAAUUACAAUGGUUCAGCUUGUAGAUGUUUCAGACUGUACACAUUUCCAAAAGGUAAUUAUGUUGAUGAUAAUGAUGAAAUGUUAAGUGCAUAUUAUCAAACGUUUUUGUUUGGUCAACAUUAUAAUUGUAAAAGACUGACUUAAGUUGCACUGUAACAAUGUUCUCCCUGUGAAAGAGGGAUGCCACCAAUUUGUGCAAUAUGAUGCUCAUAUUGCCAAGUGGUCUAGGAUCAUGUGGAACUGAAUAAACAUUACUAUUGUAGCUCAGAUUUUAGAAUAGAUAAAAAAAAAAAAAAAGAAACCAUAUAUGGCCUCAAGCUGCUGUCUAACGUGCAGCAAGUUUACAAAAAAGCAGCUCGAAAUCUCAUUACAAGUAUUAGAAAUGAAUGAUUCUUCAGUUUUGAUUGAUUUACUUUUCUAUUUUAUAUGAAAGGAAAUGGAAACAAGUAUUUCAUUGUCUUUGUUUCAUCAUAAUGAUAAUUUGUUUCUUGGAUGCUACUUAUGUAGGAAGAACAUGAAGAAAAUUAAUGUAUACAGUAUUUAUAUAAUGUAAAGUUU